UACCUCGACAAGGCAUCGUUCCCAACUAGAGCGAGCUAUCGACCUUAUUUUCGACAAUACUCAGCUCUGGACUCGGCUCGACUCGUCCUGGUCCUGAAUUAUCAAACAAUGAACUAUGGCUAUGGCCACCGCGUCAGCAAACAUCUCUAGCACCCCGAAACGCAAGCGUGGAGAAGAAACCUGGGCAUCUCCUAUACAAUUCACAUUUGUGCAUGAGCCUCUAUCGUCUUCCUUUCACCCUUCUUCAGUCCCAACUCCAGCAGACACAGAAGAUGGCAGCGAUAGCUCACGGUCAAGGGUCCUUGCCCAUAAGUUCCGUGGUCUUGCACUGGAAAGUGGGGGCGGGGCAACAGUCAGCAACGAAGACAGCGAUAAUCUCAUGGAUGAGGACAAGUCGAUGAGGAAGCGACAGAAACCCGAUGAGAUUAUGAGCGGGGCAGAUGCAGCUCCAACUGUUCAAGAAGUCGUCGAUCUUGACGGAAAGUCUGUCCUACCAUCAAAAGAACCACUGCAACCUUUCAAAGGUCGCGUACACGAAGAACCCCAGCAACAAAAGCAAAACCACGGGAGCCUGCAUCAUGCAUACCCGUCUAUCAACAGGCUUUCCGAGUCAAAAUCGAGAGUCAAGAAGAGAACGGGUUCGCCGCCACUCCGCAUGAAGCGCCCUUCUCGGCGGCCUUUUGAGGACCCAGACGAAGAAGAAGUCCAGAUUGUCGACCCUGUCAGAGCUGCACUGACGUGGCAUGAAGAUGAGAUCACCAUCUACGACCCUGAUGAUGAGGACGACGACGGUAUUGGAAUCAACGGUAUCGGAUUCAAACCCACACCAGCUCUUGCGCAUGCACGCGCCAUGAGACGGAGACAGCAGAUGGCAGAGUAUCGCAAACGAGAAGAGAGCGAGGCACGAGCACGACGCAGUCAGCGACGCGGUCGUGGUUCGGGAGUCAAGUUCGGACGAUCAGAGGAACAGUCACCGCCGCGAAAGGUCAGGUUCACAGACACGGAGGCUUCGAACAUUGCGAUUACUACAGGAUAAAGAUAUUAUUUGGCGCGUAUUGGGCUCGAAGCCAACGCUUAUUGGGACGCUGGCAGCGGCUAUAGAUGUUUCUAACGAUUACUUUGGCGUUUUUUUAUUAUUCUGGCGGCUUGGAGGAAGCGGCGUAUCAAUCACGAAGAAAUUUCAUGGUUCUUUCAUGGGGAUUCACGGUUGGUGAAAAUUGAAGGGAUCGUUGGCGAAUACAUCCAAGGCCU